AUGAGUGGAGGAGGCAAUAUCAAAGUCGUCGUGCGAUGUCGUCCUAUGAAUGCUAGAGAAAUUGCUCGUGGAGCAGUGGGUUUGAUUCGCAUGGAUGGUGAUCAAACCAUCAUUAGUAGACCGCCGGAUCAAAGGACUGGAAAGGAAUCGGAAGAUGUCAAGGCAUUUACGUUUGACAAGUCAUACUGGUCGGCAGACAAGAACGAUCCUCGCUAUGCCGAUCAACAAACAGUGUACAACGAUAUGGGUGAAGAGCUGCUGGACCAUGCUUUUGAUGGUUACAAUUGUUGUAUUUUUGCAUAUGGUCAAACGGGUUCUGGUAAAUCCUACUCGAUGAUGGGCUAUGGUGAAGAUAUAGGUAUCAUUCCUCGUACCUGUUCAGAGCUGUUCAACCGUAUCACCCUCAAUUCACAACCUAACUUGACCUACCGUGUCGAAGUGUCCUACAUUGAAAUCUACAAUGAAAAAGUACGUGAUCUGCUCAACCCCAAAAACAAAGGUAACCUCAAAGUGAGAGAGCAUCCUUCACUGGGCCCUUACGUGGAAGAUUUGUCUCGACUGGUGGUAACAUCCUUUGCCGAUAUUGAACAUCUCAUGGAUGAAGGCAACAAGGCGAGAACAGUGGCUGCUACCAACAUGAACGAAACAUCAUCAAGAUCCCAUGCCGUAUUUACACUUUUUUUAACGCAAAAGAGAUUGGACGAUUUAACCAAGCUGGAGACGGAGAAAGUAGCUAGAAUCAGUUUGGUAGAUUUAGCUGGUAGUGAACGUGCCAAUAGUACGGGUGCAACAGGUGCUCGACUCAAAGAAGGUGCCAACAUCAAUCGAUCACUGACAACACUGGGUAAAGUCAUUGCUGGACUGGCAGAGCAAUCAUCACAAGAAGGAAAACGAGGCAAAAAGAAGGAAGUGUUUAUACCCUACAGAGAUUCUGUACUGACAUGGCUACUGAAAGACUCGCUGGGUGGUAACUCCAAAACAGCCAUGAUCGCCGCCAUUUCUCAAGCAGAUUACGACGAGACGCUCAGUACAUUACGAUAUGCAGAUCAAGCAAAACGAAUAAAAAAUAAGGCUAUUGUCAAUGAAGAUCCCAACGCCAAACUCAUCCGGGACCUCAAAGACGAAUUGGAUCAGCUUCGAGACAGACUGCGCACGUAUGCACCAGAAGAAGUAGAGCAACUCACAGCCACCAGUGCUUAUAAAACUACUACUACAAGUACCAGUGCUUCUCGCUUACCAGCAUCAGCAGCACAAGCAGCAGCAGCAACCGCCUCUGGUAAAAAGACAUUGCCUGAAUUCGAGAUUAUGGAUAGCACAGGCAAGAAAAAAAAAAUGUCCAAAGAAGAGAUCAUUGAGCAAUUGCAGAGCUCUGAGAAACUACUGGCUAAUUUGAACGAAAGCUGGGAGGAAAAGCUGAAAAAGACAGAAGAGAUUCACUUGGAACGAGAGAAAUCACUUAAAGAGCUCGGCAUCACCAUUGAAAAGAACGACAUGGGCGUGUAUACCCCCAAAACAAUACCUUUUAUCGUUAACUUGAACGAGGAUCCACUCAUGUCAGAAUGCCUCAUGUACCAAAUCAAACCUGGGUUGACACGACUGGGAAGACAAGAGAGCGACGUACAGGCUGAUAUUCGGCUCAGUGGCUCCAAUAUCCAAGACGACCAUUGCACGUUUGAAAACAAGAAUGGCAUAGUGACACUGCAUCCAGGCACAGACUCACUUACUAUGGUCAACGGCAUGCGCAUCACAGCACCACGUCAGCUCAAAAGCGGCUAUCGCAUCAUCCUGGGAUACUAUCACAUCUUUCGCUUUAAUAACCCGGAAGAGGUGCGCAAAGAGCGUGACCUACAAAAAGUGGCUAUUGGCAACAGCAUGAGUGGGGCUACCACGCCUGCAUUGAUGGAUGAUAGCAGCUCUCGACCUGACUCACCUUCCUCUGAUGUGUCUGAGGUAAUUGACUGGAACUAUGCUCGACGUGAAGCUGCUCUGAAUCACUAUGGAACCGAGGAAUUUGAAGGCUUUAAAGACGAAGAACUGGACAGUCUAUACGACAAUCUUUCUAAAGUGCGCAAUUCCAGAAGAACACGAUCAGAAAGCAGGGCAGAGAACGAGGACGACAACGUGUCUUCUACCACCAGAGACUCGUUUCGCAAUUCAUCCACACUGAUAGGAGGAACAGGAGCAGCAACAGAUGGAGCAGAGAGCGUUUGCACUGACUUAUCUAUCGCACAUUCCGAUUUCUUGGAGGAAAAGCUCAAGCAAGAAAAGGACCGUAUGCAAAAGGAACUGGACAACCAGAAGCGCCUGUUUGAAGCCAAGAUUCAUCGCAUGUCAAGACAGUACUCACAGCAACUCAUGGAGCCCGCGUACACACCAGAACAAAUGGCCAUGAUUCACAAAGUGCUGGCUAAAUGGAGACAGCUAAGAACAGUGGAUAUGGCUGAAGUCGUGCUCACCCAUGCCGUCAUGCUCAAAGAAGCCAACAUCAUCUCCAGAGAGCUUAACAAGCAAGUGCUGUAUCAGUUUGCCGUGAUUGAAGACGAGCCCUUGUCCAACCCUCUUUCCUUCUGGGAGCCCACAUCCGCAUUGCAUCAAUUUGAGACGGACGAAGACACCAUGCUCAUGUCCACACCCAAGCCUUGUGUUGGCGUGCGUGUGAUUGAUAAAAAGAAUCAGGUCAUUUACGUAUGGUCGCUCGAGAAGCUCAAGCAGCGGCUGCAUAAGAUGCGCAAUCUCUACAACUUUAUGGACAAACCACUGUACAGAAAGCAUUUUAACUGGGAAGAUCCCUUCUUUGAAAACCCGUGUCCCAAAUACACGUUCAUCGGUGCAGCCUCCCUCUCUCUGCGCAAUCUAAUAUCACAGCAACCUUAUCAAAGCUCAGUAGAAAUUAUUUGCCACAGCACAGGACAAGUACGCGGUAAGCUGGCAAUCUUGGUGUCACCCAUUGCUCGAUCUGCUGCUAUUGUCAAUGAUAGCAUGGCAUUGCCACUCACCAGCCAUCACCAUCAUCACCCGCUUACAUUUCCCGAAAAUGACGACGACGAGCAAGUCGACGAAGACGAGGACAAGGAGGAGGAUAAAGAAGACGAUCAAACAACCUUGCAGUGUGGCCAAAACCUUUUGUUUGAGAUACAAUUGAUGGAGUUCAGCGGCAUCAAGGAAUCCGAGUUUACAGAUGUCCAUGUCCAGUUCAAGCUGUCGUCAUUUGGCGGCAUUGCUUCUCAUUCACCUGCUGAAAAAAUCUUUGCCACUGAACCAGCCAACUAUUUUGAAAGCAAUCCUGUCCAACUCGGCUUCAAACAGACACUUUCGCUCACUGUCACUCCCAAUGUGUUGGAGAUACUGCAAAAUGGCUAUAUUCCGUUCGAAGUAUUUGGAAAAGCGCAACCAAGAGUUUUGUUACAGCAAGAGAGAUGGGACGAUCAGCGAGAGAGACCUCGCCUAGUGGAUCUAUUCGCAGCACAACAACAACAGCAAAAAUCACAAAUAAAUUCAAACGACCACACCUCUGUCAAGUCAUCUUCGGGCAGCAGCAGUAGUGAUUCCACUAUUGCCUCUCUAGAACGCAGAUCAGAAGAAGAGCUACUGACUGCAGAGCGCCAUGACAUUGUAGCCUGGAUAGAGGUGAGAGAGCUGUCUCCCUCAGGGGAGUACACACCAGUGCAACUAUUGUCCAAAAGCCCCAUGGAUAAAGGCUAUUUCACGCUACGACAAGGAUUACAGAGACGAAUAUGCUUUACAUUAUCGCAUACAUCUGGCCAUCAGUUUGAAUGGACUAGGAUCAAAAAGGCAUCGAUAGGCCAUGUGCGACUACUCGAUAGCAAAGGUCGUAUUCUGGAGUCUCCAGCACAGGAGAAUAUACCCAUCAAACUGCUCAGCAAGCAGCAAGUGUUCUACAAUUCAGAUGGCACCAGUCGCAUCAUUGCUCAAGGCGCUUGGGACAGUUCGCAGCAUGAAUGUAUCUUUUUGAAUCGACUCACAGAUCUCAACAGCCGUGUCAUACUCAACUUGAGAUGGGAAGUGGAAGCUGAACGAUGCGAGAAGCCUGUACAGUUUAACAUGGAUAUUGCACUACAGAUUCAAGGCAGAGACCGGUCCACCGGCGGAGGCAAGUUUAGCAGCUUUAGAAAGUUGUUAUAUCCAAGCGGUAAACAGCUCAGCAAAUACAGCGGUGUGUUUUUGGUCCAUUUGAAGCCACCCAUGACAAGACGCUUGAGCCAGCUAUGGAGACUAAAUACAGCAUCCAAGUAUGUGCACGGUGAAGAGUUUUUAGGCUCUUGGAGACCCCGUGGUGUGUCGUUGAUCAAUGAUUUCACGCAUAUUCAAGAAUUCAUCAAGCGCAAGAACCAAGUGGCGUUCACGAGACAAGUGUUGGUAUUGAGAGAAGCGGAAAAGAAUGCUGUUUUAUCGUCUCCAUCGUCGCUCUCCUCGUCCUCCGAGACAGCUGUGGCUGUGGCUGCUGAUAAUGAUGAAAAACAAGCUUUGCUGCUAAGAAAAGUCAUUGAUUUGUGGCAGCUGAAACUAGGCACAGACAAGGACAUUGUCAUCAGUCAAGAUCCACCACCCCUUGUCAUUGAAGCCAACAAUGUUAUCAUGCCGUUGGUGCAAGAACCAUUGUCUAUAUCCAAGCUAAUUGCCGAAGUGGAAUUGAUCACUCAAUCAGCCAACAUCUCAAAGAAGGGGUAUUUACUAUAUCAAGAAGAUGCGGCGCAGGAUUUAUGGGUGAAACGGUGGUUUGUAAUUCGACGUCCUUAUAUAUACAUUUAUUCCAACGACACGGAAUCAGAUGAGCAGGGUGUUAUCAAUGUAGCCUCUGUUCGCAUUGAUUACAAUGAGGCGCUGGAAAAGAUGAUUCAGCGCACAAAUGUGUUUGCUCUUUAUACCAAUAACAAUGCCUAUACCCUACAAUCGGGAACUCGUCAAGACAUGAUCCACUGGAUUCAGAUCAUUGAUCAAAAGUAUCCAAUGGACAAUCUGUUGCCAUAA